UUUGGGCUCUUCUCUAUCGUGUGGCCGAACCAGUCGUCAAUCAAAUCCCAAAGCAAGACCAACGAUGGUGACUCUAAACGCUUCGUCUCCUCUCACGACCAAGUCGUUUCUACCCUACCGCCACGCUCCUCGCCGUCCGAUCUCUUUCUCCCCUGUUUUCGCCGUUCAUUCGACUGACCCCAAGAAAUCUACCCAAUCAGCCUCUGCUUCGGGUAAAUGGAGUCUAGACAGUUGGAAAUCGAUGAAAGCAUUGCAACUGCCGGAGUAUCCAGAUCAGAAGGAUUUCGAGUCGGUAAUACAGACGCUUUCCUCUUUUCCUCCUAUAGUGUUCGCUGGUGAGGCAAGGAAACUGGAGGAUAAGCUUGGACAAGCGGCUAUGGGUCAGGCCUUUAUGCUCCAAGGCGGUGAUUGUGCUGAGAGUUUCAAAGAAUUCAACGCUAAUAACAUUAGAGAUACCUUUAGGGUUCUUCUCCAGAUGGGCGUUGUUCUCAUGUUCGGUGGCCAGUUGCCAGUUAUCAAGGUGGGAAGAAUGGCUGGUCAGUUUGCGAAGCCUAGAUCAGACCCAUUCGAGGAGAAAGAUGGCGUGAAGCUGCCGAGUUACAGAGGAGAUAACAUAAAUGGUGAUGCUUUUGAUGAGAAAUCGAGGAUCCCUGAUCCUCAUAGGAUGGUUAGAGCGUACACACAAUCUGUGGCAACGUUGAAUCUUUUGAGAGCAUUUGCAACUGGAGGUUAUGCAGCUAUGCAAAGAGUUAGCCAGUGGAAUCUUGAUUUCACCCAGCAUAGUGAACAGGGUGACAGGUACCGUGAAUUGGCCAAUAGAGUUGAUGAGGCUUUAGGAUUCAUGGGUGCAGCUGGACUUACCAAUGCUCACCCAAUCAUGACUACUACUGAGUUUUGGACAUCCCAUGAGUGCUUACUGCUACCUUAUGAGCAAGCACUCACUAGAGAGGAUUCAACAUCCGGACUUUACUAUGAUUGCUCUGCGCACAUGCUUUGGGUUGGAGAACGAACUCGCCAACUUGAUGGUGCUCAUGUUGAGUUUCUGAGGGGAAUUGCUAACCCCCUUGGAAUCAAGGUGAGUGAUAAAAUGGUCCCUAGUGAGCUGGUUAGGCUGGUAGAGAUACUAAACCCUCAAAACAAGCCUGGAAGGAUUACAGUUAUAGUGAGAAUGGGAGCUGAGAAUAUGCGGGUUAAGCUUCCUCACUUGAUUAGAGCAGUACGUGGAGCUGGUCAGAUUGUGACUUGGGUUAGUGAUCCAAUGCACGGAAACACAAUCAUGGCUCCAGGUGGACUAAAAACUCGUUCUUUCGAUGCAAUCAGGGCGGAAUUGAGAGCCUUCUUUGAUGUGCAUGAUCAAGAAGGGAGUUUCCCUGGUGGGGUUCAUUUAGAAAUGACGGGUCAAAACGUGACAGAAUGUGUUGGAGGGUCACGCACCAUCACAUACAACGACCUAAGCUCGCGUUACCACACUCACUGUGACCCAAGGCUCAACGCGUCCCAGUCUCUGGAGCUUGCAUUCAUCAUUGCAGAGCGUCUGCGAAAGAGAAGGCUCGGGAAUCACUUAUCAUCUGUUGGAGUCUAGAGGAUACUUGCCCGAGUUAGUUUAUGUGUGUAUAGAGAGGCUCUAUACUAAGUUGCUAAGUUUUCAGUAAUUGAUUUUGUGUACCAAGUGAAAACAUUGUUGUUUAUUGUUUUCUGUGCUGGGGGAUGUGCUUUUUUUUCGUUACGCUUUACUUGUUAAAAUAUGGCGAGUGACAAACUUAUUAAACCCGUAAAAUCAGUUGUUAAUCGUUUAAAUUUCUACGCAA